AUGGAAGAAGGAUUACUAAAAAGGUCCAAUCGUGGUGAGACAUUGCUAAAUGAAGACACUGAGACUACUUCAAGAAAUGGCUCCUCAUCACCCACCUUUGGAGUCGUUUUCAGCACCUUGGUGGCUCUCUGUGGCUCUUUCUGCAUGGGAUGUAUAACUGGAUAUUCGUCGCCAGCUCAAUCUGGAAUCAUGAAAGAUUUUAAGCUUUCUGUUGCAGAUUACUCGGUGUUCGGAUCAAUAGUGACUGUUGGAGGAAUGAUGGGGGCAAUGGUGAAUGGGAGGAUGACUGAUCUCAUAGGCCGUAAGGGUGCAAUGUUGGUCUCUGAAAUCUUUACUGCUGCAGGGUGGCUAGCCAUAGCCUUUUCCAAGAAUGCUUGGUGGCUUGAUCUUGGAAGAUUGUCACUGGGAAUUGGAAUUGGACUUCUUUCUUAUGUGGUUCCUGUAUACAUUGCUGAAAUAACACCAAAGGAUCUUCGAGGAGGGUUUACUGCAGCGAGUCAGCUGGUACUUGGUUGCGGCUUUUCAUUGAUGUACUUUCUUGGAAAUACUGUUGGCUGGAGCACCUUGGCAUUAAUUGGAUCCAUUCCAUCUAUUUUGCACAUUUCAGGAUUGUACUUCAUUCCAGAGUCUCCCAGAUGGCUGGCAAAAGUUGGUAGAAAUAAAGAUCUUGAAAACAGUCUUCAGUAUCUUAGGGGAAAGAAUGCUGAUAUUUAUCCAGAAGCAGUUGAAAUCAAGACCUAUACAGAAGCCAUUCGGCAGGACUCAGAAAGAUUUCUAGACUUGUUCCAAGCAAGAUAUACUUAUCCACUCAUUGUUGGUAUUGGGCUAGCUGUGUUACAACAACUUGCAGGAAGCAAUGCACUUGCAUUUUAUGCAGGCUCUAUCUUUACAGAAGCUGGUGUUCCUCUUGGUGUUGGGACUAUAUCAAUUGCUAUUGUCCAGAUUCCUGGAGCUGCAUUGGGUGUUCUCUUGACAGAUAGAUUAGGAAGGCGACCACUCUUAAUGAUUUCUGCAGCUGGAAUGUCUUUAAGCAGCUUUCUUCUUGGCUUGUCAUUCUUAUUUCAGGGAAUCCACCUGCACAAGUUAGAGGAGCUCACUCCUAUGUUGGUGCUUAUUGCCACACUGGGGUUUACUGUAUCAUUUUCCAUAGGGAUGGGUGGAUUACCAUGGGUUAUAAUGUCAGAGAUAUUCCCCAUAAAUGUGAAGGGUUGGGCUGGAAGCUGUAUGAGUUUGGCAAACUGGUCAACUUCAUGUAUUGUCACAUACAGUUUUAAUAUAAUGAUGGUUUGGAACUCAUCAGCAACCUUUUUCAUAUUCUCUGCUGUAUGUGGUUUCACUGUUGUGUUCGUUGCCAGGCUUGUCCCAGAGACUAAGGGAAGGACUCUUGAAGAGAUUCAAGAAUCCAUGACCAACCAAUUCGUUUAG